GGGACGGGGCGUGGGCGUGGGGCGAGCAAACGAACCAACAAUAACAAACAAGAGAAAAGAUUUUUUACCAAGUUAAAGGGACUGAAGACAGUAUUAAAUAUACCACCGCAGUUGAAGACAGACGAGCUUUUAUGGAUUGUUAUUAGAAUAGAACAUGAAUAUCCGAAUUGAAAUGAGAGGAGGAAUCCAGGGUCUGCGACAGUUAUCAACCUUGGUAGCUAACAAGACUGACAAGUCACUGAAAACCCUUAAAGACGUCCCUGGACCGCCGACCCUUCCUCUUCUAGGCAACCUUUACCUGUACAAACUGGGUAUUUUCAAGGUUGACAAGUAUCACAAAGUUCUGGAUCAGCUCCGAGCUAAAUACGGACCUGUGGUUCGACAAAGCUUUGGCUCCGAAACUGUUGUGCACGUUUUCGACCCAAAUGAUGCCAGAAAGGUUUAUCAAACAGAAGGCAAGUGGCCCAGCGUAGCGCCACUUCAAGAGACUGUCCAAUUAUACAGAGAAAAAAGAGGUCUUUCGCUUGGACUUGGAAACCAGAAUGGAGAAAACUGGUAUCGUCUUCGAGCUGCCACACAGCAGGCUAUGUUGAGACCGUCUGCUGUUGAACAGUAUUUGCCUCUAGUAAACCGUGCUGCUCUCUCCCUGGUUCACAGAAUCGAAAAGGAAGUCGGGCGAGAAGGCGGCGAAGCAAGAAAUUUGAGAGAUUUGGUUGGAAAAUGGUCACUGGAGUCUGCUGGAGCAGUUUGCUUUGAGAGAGAGCUGGGCUGUCUUGAUGAGGCAGAAGGAGAAAAGCAGGCGCAACAGAUGGUCGACGCGAAUAAGUCGAUCUUCAAGAUCUCUGGCGAGCUCAAAUUUUCGCUGCCGAUUUACAAAUUAGUCUCGACGCCCAAAUGGAAUAAACUUGUGGAGGCAGAGGAUUUGUUUUUCAGCCUGGCUUCUACAAUUGUGAAGGAGACCAUAGAGGAAAUUAAAAAGCAAGACAAUAGCAGUGAAGAGCCGAGAAAGAAAAAGAAAUUCAGUUUUAUUGGCCAUUUGUUGUCGCAGCCAGGCUUGACAAGCUCUGACGUGGACAUCAUUACACUCUCCCUUUUUGGUGACGGCCUAAGUACUACCACGCCCUUCUUUUUAAACUGUCUGCGCUGUUUGGCAGAAAAUCCUGAGGUGCAACAGAAACUCAGGAAUGAAAUUUCCGGUGCUGUAGACUUAGAUGGCACAUUGAAGCCGGAAAUAUUCAAUAAUUUACCGUAUCUGCGAGCGUUUAUCAAGGAGGCAUUUAGGGUGUACCCGAAUGGAACUGAGGUUUCAAGGAUAUUGCCCGAGGAUGUCGAACUUAGCGGCUACCUUUUGCCUGCAGGGACCCACGUGAAUCUCAACAUGGGAGUCAAUUUCAUGUCAAGCGAAUACUUCUCGGAGCCUGAAAAUUUCAAACCUGAGCGAUGGCUUCGCGGAGAAGGCGAAAAAAUCAAACAGUUUGUCCUUACGCCGUUUGGGCAUGGCGCUCGAACCUGCGCAGGCAGACGAUUUGCAGAGCAAGAUUUGCGUGUUCUUACUGCACAAAUCCUGAAAAACUUUGACCUUAAGUUGGUUGCCGAAAAGCCACUCGAACACAUUUAUGAAACGCUCCUCUUCCCGAUAGAACCGAUCGGUGUUAAAUUUGUGCCAUUUUAAAUGAAUUAAAAUUAUUUAAAUUGUUACAGAGCCUAGAA